UGGGGCUCUCUGGCACCUUGGGGCGGCUCCACAGGAAGGAGCUUUGACGCAUUUCUUUCCUCUCGCUUGCCCAGGUUUCGACCAACUUCGCUCGAUCCCUCCGCUUCUCGAGUCCACUUCCAGUUCAAUUUUUUUUUUCUUUAUUGCUCAACCACCAGAUUGGCGCGUGCCGACCAAAGGUUUAGGCACAUGCACCGACAAAUGUGAAACGCGGCGCAAGGUGAACCAGGCACAUGUCCAGCUGGAGCGCAGCGCUCGAACUCGGUGAGCUUGACGUUGAUUCGGCUUUUCGGGACGCCGUAUUUUCCCAACUCCGCGAGAGCUUUGACCGGAUGAACUCUACAACCUCGACCGCAACCCCCUCCCAACAUGCGUUCGAGAAGCGGGCCGCCGACGUGAAGGCGCCCAAGAGCGAUGUCAAUGCUCUAAUUUUGGACUACUUGACAAUGGAAGGGUAUCCGAAGGCUGCCGCCAAGUUUUGUAGGGAAGCAAACUUGCAACCUCAGCAGCCGGACACAUCCAUCCAAACCCGCCAGGACGUCCAGCAUGCCAUCCACAGCGGAAACAUCGCGAGGGCCAUCUCGGCGCUUAACGAGCUCGAUCCAGAGCUCCUGGACAGCGACCCUAAGCUACACUUCUCGCUCCUGCGACUGCAGCUGGUCGAGCUCAUCCGAGAGGCCAAUGGGGGCGACCCCACGGCAGCCAUAACUUUCGCGACUGAGAACUUGGGCCCGCGUGCAGCAGCACAUCGAGAUUUUUUGGGUGAUCUCGAGGAGACCAUGUUGUUAAUUUUUUACCCGCUCGACAAGCUCAAACCAGAGCUCGCAAAGUUGCUCAGCCCAGACCUGCGCCGGAACACGGCCGCCCAGGUCAAUGAGGCGAUGCUGCUGCGGCAGAACCAACGGAGAGAGGCUGCCAUCCGACAGUUGGUGCGCAUGCGGGCAUGGGCGGAGACAUCAGCUCGGUCUCAGAAGAAGGACCUGCCCGAGUCAAUUGAGCUUGGUCUCAAUGGGGACAACGCCGAGUCGGGCGAGAGCGGUCUUGAGCCGAUGAUUACCACAUGAGUAACGGUGUAUGAACCUAGUUUUAUGGCGUUUUGUGUAUUUUGAGGUCUGGUGGGUAUGAGGCAGGGCACGUUUAGGCGUUUAGGGCACGGCACCGGUAGUGGGACCCGGGACAUGGUCACUGCCUUGGGAUGGGUAUGGGUAUACCGGGUGCAUCAUCAUGGCGUUGUCACCUCUGUUCAUUCACAACGGGUGUGAAAUGGAUAGGUCUUUUGUCUGGGCUGGGCAUGAGACCGGAGCACGGAAUGCUCCCGAGCAAUACACAUACACUUGACACAACCCAACCAUUUGCAAACUGAA